AUGUCGCCACAGCCAUGUGCCCCAAAGAGGCCGUCUCAGAAACCGAAAGAGACCGCCUGGCAAAGAAGCAAAACUAGCGACAAACUCCUAGGUGCAUUUAGGUUGGCCCGAGCCGUGAAAAUCGAGGAUCCGGACUUUCUCCAGACCACAAGCGGCUUCAAUUGUGCUGUCUGUUACAUGCCUCCAGCACAAACCAUGGAAUUCACGAAUAACGCAAGUUGGUUAGUCGUCCAGGCAGUGUGGUCCCUCAACUUCCCUCACGAGUUUCGCACGGAAUGGCCAUCCGAAGGCUCUGUGUUCUUGCACGACCGACCCGACCAGCCCGUUGCUCGCCUUUCAGGUUGUGGAAGUGAAAAUGAGUUUAGUUCCAGUCUGCUUUGUGAAUGUUGA